AUGCACACAAACCUGCGAAUUGCCCAGCAGAAACCAUCAUUCAACACCACUGCCCUUCUUCCAGAACUGCGAGCUGCUUCCGCCGUCUCUGUUGAGGAGCCAAGGUUUGAUGAUGUCUGGCGCUUCGCUACGUCUGCCAUCUGCUCCCCGACCCAGUCCCAGCUCAAACCUCGACUCUUCCUCUGUCUCCUCCUUCUUCCCUCCUCACACUCCAUCGCCAUCCGCAAGCCCACCUCGUCCGACAUUCCCAUGGCUAAUCUCUCUCAGUCUAUGCUCUAG